GCUGAAAAGAUGGAACUUUAUCGGACACUGACUCCGACAUGCACUGGGACGACUGUCGUUGCUUUCUCGUACGACGAAGGUGUCGCAAUACUGACUGACCGAUUAGUUUCGUAUGGGAAAAUGGCACGGUACAAGCACGUAUCUAGACAGUACCGAGUUAAUGACGAUGUUGUCGUUACAUUUGGAGGUGAUUACGCAGAUUUUCAGUGGCUCCAAAAUGUCAUUGAACGACAGACUUGCAAAUUACGAGCUUAUGAUCCUAUGGCUAAUUUGAGCCCGAAAAUGUUGCAUGCAUAUUUGACUUCACUUUUGUAUUAUCGGAGAACUCAGUUAGAUCCUAUUUGGAACAUCUUGGUCACUGCUGGUAUGGAAAAGGAAGGCGGUGAUAAAAAUCCCUAUAUUGGUGUUAUAACGCAGAGAGGUGUUGCUUAUUCAUCUGAUACAGUAGCUACUGGAAUAGGCGCGAUGUUACUAAAUCAAGCAAUGGAGACUGAGUUUGGCAAACUGAAGGCUACUAAUAGUCUUAACAGAGAUCAGGCAACAGCAGUGUUAAGAAAAGCAAUUGAGUUGGCACUUUAUCAUGAUUGCGUUGCCGACAAUGAGUAUGAAAUCACGAUUGUGGAUCGUAACGGUGUCGCUUUAGGAAAACCAGAGAAAGUUACUGGAAAUUGGGAUAUUGCUGAAUAUAAUUGUGAUUACGAGUAA